AUGGCCUAUAAUCGUGUCGGUAAGUCUACGGCUGCCCUUCCGUCUGAUACUGUGAUCGCGACACGUCGCGAGAGCCCACCCGUCAAUCACUUUGCGGUGCGAGAGGUUUGGCGAGCAAGAGACGCAAUGGCAGAGCCUGACAUGUCGGCUUCAGAUCCCUUCGGGGACGAGCAUCGCUCUCCCGAACGAGCUCCCAUUACCCACUACGACAAUCGCACACCGUCCCCCGGCCGACCACUGGACAGCUAUCAGCUGCAUGACAAUCCUUACGGUCCUCCGGGCCACUUGCCCAUUCCAUCGAGCGAUCGUCUGGCGGAGCAACCCACGUACUCGGUGGAGAACGUCCACAACUCGUACGGUCACCAUGAAGUCUACGAAGCCCACAAUGAGGUCCAACCCUACGGUUUCUCCCAACACUAUACUGUCGACCCAGAAGCUCACCAUGACGCCUAUUACACCCAACCUUACGAACCCACACCAACCCCCCACGAUGAUUAUGACCUGGGCCAGUAUCCGGAGGGCGGCCAGACCCCUUACGAUGUGAAUGUGCCUAUGCUGCAGACAAACGAUCCGUUUGGACCCGAUCCCUACGAUGCCCAAUACCAGGACGAGCCACGGCCCACACCCAGUCCUGCGCCCAUCAAGCGAUGGAAGACCGUCAAGGAAGUGCAGCUGUUUAACGGCAAUCUCGUGCUCGAUUGUCCCAUUGCCCCUCGAUUGCUCAGCCAGGUGCCCCAUGCCGAGCCCCCCGGCCGUGACGAGUUCACUCAUAUGCGGUAUUCGGCCGCGACCUGCGAUCCGGCGGACUUUUUCGAGGAGCGAUUCACUCUGCGACAGAAGUUGUUCGCCAAACCGCGCCAUACCGAACUCUUCAUCGUGGUGACCAUGUACAAUGAGGAUGACUUUUUGUUCGCACGCACCAUGUCGGGAGUGUUCAAGAAUAUUGAUCAUAUGUGCUCGCGCACCAGUAGUAAAACCUGGGGCAAGGAUGCGUGGAAGAAGAUCGUCGUCUGCGUCAUCAGUGAUGGUCGUGCCAAGAUCAACCCCCGAACCCGAGCCGUCCUCGCGGGCCUGGGUGUCUACCAGGAUGGGAUCGCCAAGCAGCAGGUGAAUGGAAAGGAUGUGACGGCGCAUAUCUACGAAUAUACCACUCAGGUGGGCUUGGAAGUCAAGGGUACGCAGGUUCACCUGAAGCCGCGCUCCGGUCCUCCCGUGCAGAUGAUUUUCUGUUUGAAAGAGAAGAAUCAAAAGAAGAUCAACUCGCAUCGCUGGUUCUUCCAGGCCUUCGGUCGAGUGCUCGAUCCCAAUAUUUGCGUACUCCUGGACGCGGGUACCAAGCCCGGAAGAGACUCGAUCUAUCAACUGUGGAAGGCAUUCGACGUAGAGCCGAUGUGUGGUGGCGCGUGUGGAGAGAUCAAAGUCAUGCUGUCACAUGGCAAGAAACUACUCAACCCGCUUGUGGCAGGACAGAACUUUGAGUAUAAGCUGAGCAACAUCCUUGAUAAACCGCUGGAAUCUGCAUUCGGCUUCAUCACGGUCUUGCCCGGUGCGUUCUCAGCCUACCGCUUCGUGGCUCUUCAAAAUGACAAGAACGGACAAGGUCCGCUCGAGAGAUACUUCCUGGGAGAGAAGAUGCACGGUGCCAACGCUGGCAUCUUCACGGCUAAUAUGUACCUGGCCGAGGAUCGUAUCCUGUGCUUCGAAAUCGUGUCCAAACGCAAGUGUCGCUGGCUGCUGCAGUAUGUCAAGAACUCCACGGGUGAGACUGACGUGCCGGAUCGCAUGGCCGAGUUCAUCCUCCAACGGCGACGUUGGCUGAAUGGCAGUUUCUUCGCUGCUGUCUACGCCAUCGCCCAUUUCUACCAGAUUUUCCGCAGUGAUCACAGUUUCCUUCGCAAAUUCAUGUUGAUGAUUGAAUUUAUCUACCAAACCAUUGCGAUGAUCUUUGCCUGGUUUGGUAUCGGCAACUUCUUCCUCGUCUUUCACAUCCUUACGACCUACUUGGGCAGCGACGAACUUCUCGGCACUGCUGGUAAGAUUCUUGGUAUUGUCUUUGAAUGGCUCUACCUUGCGACACUCGUCACUUGUUUCGUGCUGGCGCUGGGUAAUCGGCCUGGCGGGUCGAACAAGUUCUACAUGACCAUGGUAUACUUCUGGAUCUUCAUCAUGCUGUAUCUGUCAUUCGCGGCAGUCUUUGUCACGGUGAAGUCCAUACAGAAGGAAGCGUCCUCCAAUCACUUUUCAGUCAGCGAGCUGUUUACCAACAAGACCUUCUUCUCGAUCAUUGUGUCCCUUGGUUCGACGUAUGUGAUGUGGUUUGUUGCCUCGUUCAUCUUCAUGGACCCGUGGCACAUGUUCACGUCGUUCAUUCAAUACAUCCUCCUCACCCCGACUUAUAUCAACGUGCUCAACAUUUAUGCCUUUUGUAACACCCACGAUAUCACGUGGGGUACCAAGGGUGACGACAAAGCCGAGAAAUUGCCUUCCGCCACGUUAAAGCCUGGCGGUAAAGUCGACGUCAACAUCCCUCAGGACGACGGAGAUCUCAACGCGCAGUACGAGGCGGAGCUGGCCAAGUUUGCCACCAAGCCUCCCAAAGAAGUGCAGACCGUUUCCGAGGAGGACCGACAGGCCGACUACUACAAGGGCUUUCGAAGUGCCGUUGUGUUGGCAUGGGUCUUUUGUAACUUUGCCCUUGGAGCUGUCGUCUUGAGUGCUGCCGGAUUAGAGACCUUUGACAACACGACAAAGACGAGUAGCACCAACCAGGACUAUACUCAGAGCCAGCGAUCCUUGAUCUACAUGGAAGUUGUGCUUUGGUCUGUGGCUGGCUUGUCCAUGUUUAAGUUUGCUGGGGCUAUGUGGUUCUUGGUGGUUCGCAUGUUCCGAGGCGUUUGA